UUGAAGCUUCCAUUUCGUUGGAAAUUUCGUGGAAAAAUGGGUUUUUAUUUGGAGCACGUGAUGACGGGAGAUCGGGUUUACCUGGUCCAGGGUAUAAACCUGUUUGGUCGCCACUCCAUCUGCAACUGGAAAAUGAAGUACGACUAUAUGUCCAGAUUUCACGCCCUCAUCUCGGUGCAAAAUGACAAGGUUUUCAUUAGGGAGGUGGAUGCCCGCAAUGGUGUGUUCAUCAACUACUCUCAGGAUCGCCUGGGAGUGAUACCUCGUGAAAUAUUCGAAGGCGACGACCUAUCCUUUGGGGUAAAACUGGAAGGCGAUGGUGAGCUCGAAUUACCGGUCACAUUCGGUAUAUUCACCUUGAAGGCGGACUGAGAAUCCGCCGAUCCUAGCUGAGGCGUUAUCUUACCAACUCCCGAUAGGACCUGGUAACUGGAGGACUAAGGACCGGAAUCCUUUGUGUAUACAUGUAGAUAAAUGUGAUUGAAAGACGUAAUUACACUAAUGUUAAAUUUUUUUAAGCUAAAUAAUAAUUUACCACUGAAACGGAAUCGUUGGUAUUGGUAUGAUAAGAAACAAUUCAAGUACUCAUUAAUAAGAUAACUUAUUUUAUUUAUUAUUUAUUUAACUGUUGGUUCUUUUGUUAAUUAUUCUUCAAAGCCAAGUCCUCUUUGAUGACAGUGGUUUCAAUUGCAAUCCCCUUCGCAUCCUAGAACCCAAAAUGCCUUCUUAAUUGCAGCACGCAAUUUAGCAUGUAAUCAUGCUGGGAGUUCGAGGACUUUGGAGUUGCAAAGGCUACGUGUGGAGAUUUGGGCUGUUGUCUUAUGACAAGCACCGCAAUUGGAUUUCCGGCGUGGACCAAGUCAUCAUCAUCAUCAUCAUCGUACCCCAGCGAAAACAAAUGCAUUCUGCUCUUUGAAUUUUAAUAGCGACCAUCACUGACCCAAAAUGAUACAAAAAUACUCUGCAUCAAAUAUAACAAAUCGCAGUCUAACCCGGC